AAGCUUGCUUUCGUUUUGUGGGCAAGGGUACAACGUAACAGUUAAAGCACUCUUUCUCUCUCUUUCAAUUCAUCUCACAUCCCAUCUUUCCGCUUUCUCUCUCUACACAUACACAUAUACAUAUACAUAUAGAGAGAGAGGAGAACGCAGGCGCAAGGAAUUGAAUCGAUCGUCCUCGAAAUCCGUGAUAUUUGCUUACUCUCUGAUCAAUGGCUUCAUCCAUGGAUUCAUGGCCGAGGGAGUAUAAUGAAGCAGUAAAACUAGCUGAUGAUAUAUCUGGCAUGAUCUCUGAAAAGAGUUCGAUGCCGACAUCUGGGCCAGAAGCACAACGCCAUUCUUCUGCAAUUAGAAGGAAAAUUACGAUAUUAGGAACUAGACUUGAUAGCCUACAGUCUUUACUGUCGAAGAUUCCAGGAAAACCACUAACAGACAAAGAGAUGAAUCGGCGGAAGGACAUGCUUGCAAAUUUGAGAUCUAAGGUAAACCAGAUGGCGUCGACUUUGAAUAUGUCAAACUUUGCCAAUAGGGACAGCUUGCUGGGGUCAGAAACUAAACCAGUUGAUGCUAUGAGCAGAGCAUCUGGUUUAGAUAACCAUGGUGUUGUAGGUCUCCAGCGCCAAAUCAUGAGAGAACAAGAUGAGGGGCUUGAGAGAUUGGAGGAGAGUGUAACAAGCACAAAACAUAUUGCACUGGCAGUAAAUGAAGAACUCACCUUGCACACAAGAUUAAUCGAUAACUUGGAUGACCACGUGGAUGUUACAAACUCCCGUUUGCAGCGGGUGCAGAGGAACUUGGCUAUACUGAACAAGCGCACGAGGGGUGGUUGCUCCUGCCUGUGUCUCUUGUUAUCAGUACUAGGGAUUGUUGGUUUGGUUGUUGCUAUAUGGUUGCUGGUUAAAUACUUGUGAGGGGCAGGAAGCCAAGCUGAGCAUCCUGCUGAGGUUGUCUUGUUGUGUGCUUGUGCUGAGUUGUUUGUGUGCGCCUGCUUGUGAAGUAUAUGUUCAGUUGCUAAGCGUAUCCCGCCUCUGUAAAUUAUAGGCAUAAUCGAUAUCUGCUGAGACAACCGAUCAAGUAUGUAUUUUAUUCUCCGGGUUCUGGACUGGUUGGUUUAUUACUGUUAAUGAUGCAAAACCAUAUUAAUAUAUGAGCAUUCUGCAAUUGUUAAUGACUACUAUAUACAAAAUUGUGCCGACUUUAUGUGUGAA